AUGGCCAUGCUCAGGGUGUCUUCCUACCGGAGGCUGUUUGAGGAGGAAACGUGGGGUCGAAGUGGAGGGUUGAGUUCACCGUGUGCUGGGCAGUAUCAGGCCUCUGUCAGGCGUGCGGCCGCCGACAAGUGCGACUGUGACUGUGAGCAGCUGGACUUUGUCGCCGCCAAGUCUCUGAACAAGGAGGGUCUGACCCGGUUCGCCCUGGACCGCAGCGUCAUCGCUGCCCUCAACGACCGCCUGGUCGGCCUUAUAGAGCUGGCUCGUUGUUUCGAGGAGGAGAAUGAUUCGCUGGAAUGUCAGAUUGUGGAGCUGGAGGAGAAGCAGAGCAGUCGCCCAGCCGCAUCCUCCUCCAUCACCUCCGCCGUGGCUCCACCUGACUUCAGCCUGGAUGCAGUGGUGGAGAGACUGCGCAGGGAGCGGGACGAGAUUCUGUGCGACACCGAGGAGCUGCACAAGGAGCUGGAGCGUCUGCAGAGCAGCUACGAGGAGCUGGCACAGCAGAGAGUCUUCUACCUGCAAGAGCAGCAGGAUGUGGCUGAGGUCGUGGAUGCUGUGACAGCAGAGUGUCUGGCGCUGAGGGAGCAAGUGGCUAUCUACGAGGAGCAGCUGGCCAACAUGGAGGCCCGGCACAAGACGGAGGUGGAGAGUCUGCAGGAUCCAGCCGACUGGACCACAGGAGCAGCUGCAGCUCUUGGAUUCUGCAGCCCGGACAUGACUCCGGUCCUGGAUGUGAAGGAGUUCUACUGCCAGCUGGCUGAGAGUCUCCAGUUCGGAGCUGCCUCCUCUGCUGCAGUACGCGGUGGUGAUCGAAAACAACUGGAAGUGGGAGCUGCCGAAGGGUCAAAGGUCACAGACUCGCCAAAGAUACAGGACGUCGGUGAGCUGAAGAUGCUGAUUUCCGAGCUACAAAAGGAGAUUGUGGAGCUUGAGAAGUAUAAUGAGGAGCUGGAGGAUGAGGUGGAGAUGAAGACAUCUGCACACAUGGACGAGAUUGCUGAUUUGAAGUUCACCAUGGAUGAGAUGCGGCAGCAGGAGGCCGACUUCCAGGUACAGAUGAAGGAGCAGUGUGAAGACUACAAGGAGCUGCUCAGUGAGAAGAUGGCCAGAGACAUGGAGAUUGUUGCCUACAGGAGUCUGUUGGAGGAUGAAGAGGAGAGGCUGUGCGACCUGUGA